AUGAGCUACCACGGAGGAGGCCGUAGGAAGCACUACAAAGAUGAUUAUGACAAUGACCGCCGCCGGGAAGUUUACGAUACCCCAGAGCAGCUGCUCAGGAAAAGCAUCAUAAACUUAGGGGAGGUGGAUCCGAUCCAGGAGCUACCUCGCCUUGCCAGCCAGAUCCGAGAACAGGUGCCAUUGACCGUGCCCACCGUCUCCGAGGGUUUCCGGAUAGGUGUCACCGAGCAACCGUUCAAAAUUCCGUACUAUGCUGCACUUCUCCGUCUCUUACAUGACCCUUCCCCGAGCGACGGAGAAGAAAUCUCGAGUGAACCUGGGUUGGUGCUCGGCAAGCAGAUCUUGGAGGAUUACUGGAAGGGCUUUCAAGCGUUCCUUGAUCAGCUUGCGUGGAGAGAGAUUCGACUAUGCAUACACUUCUUCGCACAUUUGACUGUCGCAAAGCUGAUCUCUCCGCAGUCUAUGUUUGAGCUCCUGAAGUCGUUUACUGCCGUGCUAGAGGAAUUUGGUGUAUCUCAUGGCAGAGCGAUGAAGGCUGCGUUGUGUGCUGCAGAAGGUCUGAUGAUGGCUGGUCCUGCCAUAAAAGAUAACAUCGCACUAGACACUGCCGAGAUCGUCAACGCCAUUAGCGCAUAUACCGAAUCUGUUUCGGCUACGAAAACGCUCGUGCAACCUAUCGUCCGUCUGUACUCUGACGCGGCCUUCAUCGAGAAUGCGGACGAGCUGCUCGACUCUGCUCUCGCGGCGCUGAGAACUCUUAGGGACAGUGAUUUUGCACAGACACCAGAUAGCUUUCCCCAGCCUUACUUGGACUCUUCCGAAUAUAACGGAGUGCCGUUCGACCUUCCCUCUUUACUCGUACCUCCAGAGGUCAUAGAGCUCGACGGUCUCACAACCGACACGGGCGAGGAUGCACAGAUCAAGAAGGAAGAAUGGCCGCAAUAUUAUAUUCGCAUCUUCGACAACGACGUGACGCCCGACCCAGCUACGCCCAUAGGCUACGCUAUACGCUCUGGCAUCCUGGAUAUCAUCGAUAUCUUCGAGGUGAAUCGGAAGGAAUGCGCGCGACUCCUUCUGGAAUUCCCUAAAUGGAUGCUACCGGGAACUUUCAAGUCGAGACCUGGUGCGCCGCCUCAAGAGCCGGUACUGGGAAAAGACUGGCAGCUUGAAAGCACCAUUCUUGAGGUUACACUCGGCUCCAUCUUCAUUCUCCCGGAGUCCCACCAUAAGCCAGUUUACUAUAUCGCCCUAAUUACCGAACUAUGCAAGCUGUCUCCGCAGACCGUUGGUCCCGUCGUCGGCAAGUCGAUCCGCAAGCUAUACUCUCUACUGGCAGACGGCCUAGACGUCGAAGCCGCGCAUCGGUUCGCAGAGUGGUUCGCCGUCCAUAUGAGCAACUUUGGCUUCCAGUGGGUAUGGAGAGAAUGGAUACCUGACAUGUCCUUAUCGUCCCGGCAUCCGAAGCGUAAGUUCAUGCGACGUGCUGUUGAGUUUGAGAUCCGGUUGUCCUACUACGACCGUAUCUUGAAGACGUUGCCCGAGCCAAUGCAAGCCCCUGAUGCUCAGGUGAUGCCAGAUGAGGGUCCAGGACCUGACUUUGACUACGAUGACCCAGCGAGACCCUAUCACGAGGCUGCACAAUCAGUAUUGAAUCUCUUGCGCGGCCGAGCUAAAGCAGAAGAUGUCAUUGGGCACCUGGAUUCGCUCAGAAAUACGAUAAGCGAGACAGCGGAAGGAGAUGUCGUCGUGGAAUCCGUCGUACGCAAGAUCGCUGUGGAAUGUCUCUUGCACAUCGGCUCGCGGUCAUUCUCACACUUCUUGAACGCCAUCGAGCGCUAUCUCCCUCUUUUGCGCAAUCUCGCACCAGGAGGUGCGAAUACCGAGGCACGCAUGGACAUCCUCAACGCUGUCUACUCCUUCUGGAACCGCAGCAGGAACAUGGUGGUCAUAGUGUUCGACAAGCUAAUGCAGUACCAGAUCGUGGACCCGACAGACGUCGUGUCGUGGGCGUUUAUCCACAGCGGGUCUGGGACGGAGGGAAAUCCCAGCUUCGACGCGUUCCAAUGGGACGUGUUGAAGGGCGCACUUGACAAGGCUAACGGCAGAGUGACGAUUGCACGGCGAAAGGUGACGGCACUCAGGAAGGAGGAAGAUGACAACGCGGCAAGAGCUAAAGCCAGCGACAGCGCCACGAUGGAGGCGGAUGCUGAGGGAAAGCAAGCGAAUGUGAUCCCUGCUGCGGAGUCCCCGGCUCUCACUACUGCCCUGAAGGCGUUCACAACCCUCACGCGCGAGCAAAAGGCCGCCCUCGCCCGCACUCUCGAUGGGUUCGUUGGCUAUCUCGCAGCUGAGGACAAGCCGAACCCCCGUGCGCAAGAAGUGAUCACCGAAAAGGCAUGGCACAACCGCGCCAACUGGGAUGAGACUGAUUGGGAGACAUGGGAGACCUGGUGCUGGUUCCGCCAUUUCUGCAGAACGUAUUCCCCCUACCUCCGAAACUACACGAACACGUUGGCUGCAGUCUCGUUGGACAAGCUCAGAUCGUCUCCUGAUCCUGCCGUGGAUCUGUUCAAGAAGACGUGGAACAUUGCCACGGGCCAGGAAGCGUGA